GGACUGCUCCAUGGUGCUGAAACACCAUUACGUGAAUGGCGUUCAUAUUAAUUUUACUUACUUCCUUUUGGAAUAUCCAUAAGACUUUUUGAAUCGAAGCGUUGCGAAAAUAAAUCAAGCAUCGCAGAAAAACGACAGCGACUUCAUCAUUUCAAUGUUGAUAUUCUGAAGGUGACAAUGGAUCCCGCUUUAACAAAGAAAUCAUUGGAGAGGUCGGUGCUACUCGUGAUUCUUUUUGCCGUGUUUUGUGAAAUAUCAAGCUCAGUGACUCAUUAUUCCAUACCAGAGGAAAUGAAAGAAGGAUCAGUAGUCGCCAACCUCGCUACUGAUCUUGGUCUGGACGUUAAAACAUUGACAAAGAGAAAGAUGCGCCUGGACAUCAUCACUAACAAGAAAUAUCUGGAUGUGAACAAAGAGACUGGUGAGUUGUACAUUGUCGAGAAGAUCGACAGGGAGCACAUUUGCUAUACAAAAUCUUCUUGUUAUUUAAAACUGGAAAUAACGCUGGAAAACCCAUUGCGGAUAUUUAACAUAGAGCUGGAAGUGUUAGAUAUGAAUGACAACGCCCCGCAAUUUCGAAGAGACGCCAUUCAUUUAGAUAUAUCUGAAGCAACGCCGAAGGGAGAAAGGUUUUCUCUCAGUAAUGCGGUUGAUCAAGACGUUGGAACAAAUUCACUCAAAACAUAUCAUUUGAGUGAAAGUGAAUAUUUUAAUAUUGAGGUGCAAACAGGAAGAGACGGAUCAAAAUUCGCUGAUUUGAUCCUGAAAAAGACAUUAGAUCGUGAGAGGCAAGCACUUCAUAACCUGAUAUUAACGGCGGUGGAUGGAGGAACACCGGCUCGAUCUGGUACUGUUAGCAUUGUUGUUCAUGUUUUAGAUACAAACGACAAUGCACCUGCAUUUGAUAAAGCAGCCUACAAUGUCCACGUAAUGGAAAAUUCUCCAAUUGGAAGUGUAAUUAUUCACCUCAAUGCAACAGAUUUGGAUGAAGGAUCAAAUUCUGACAUUUCAUACUCAUACAGUUUAUACACAUCAGAGAAAACACAAGAAACAUUUAAUCUGAAUCCAACCACAGGUGAAAUUACUGUAAAAGGAAUGUUGAAUUAUGAAGAUUUUAGGAUUUAUGACAUGGAAGUCAUAGCAACAGAUAAAGGAGCAAAUAGUUUAUCAGGACAAUGUACCAUUAAGAUUCUAGUCGACGACAUGAAUGAUAACCACCCAGAAAUAUCAAUUAAAUCCUUUCAGAGUCCAGUCAGUGAGAACAUAGAGUUAAACACAGUGAUAGCUGUAGUUAGUGUCAGUGAUAAAGACUCAGGUGAUAAUGGACAGGUUGAUCUUCAUAUUCCAGAGAACAUGCCUUUCAAACUGAGGGAGUCCUCUGAUAACUAUUAUGAGUUAGUGGUGUCAGAGCCAUUAGACAGAGAGAAGGUCCCAGAAUAUGAAAUCACCUUCACUGUCACAGACAGAGGGUCUCCUCCUCUAUCUGACAAUGAAACUAUGACUUUGGAGCUGCUGGAUGUUAAUGACAAUGUUCCUCAGUUCUCCCAGUCAUUUUAUACCAUACGUGUCAUGGAGAAUAACGCACCUAGCUCCUUGCUCAGCUCACUCACUGCAUUUGAUCCUGACCUCCAUGAAAACCAGUAUCUAGUUUAUUUCAUCAUAGAGAAGGAGAUUGCCAACACCUCCAUGUCUAUGCUGUUUUCCAUCAAUCCAGAGAACGGGAAUCUUUAUGCACUGAAAACUUUUGACUAUGAGAUUGAGAAGGAGUUUCUUUUCCACAUUGAGGCCAGAGACUCUGGUUCUCCUCCUCUCAGCAGUAAUGUGACCGUCCACAUCAUCGUUGUUGACCAAAAUGACAACGCUCCAGUUAUUGUCUCUCCUUGGCGAGCUCAUGGCUCAGUGGUGGAGGAGAAGAUCCCCAGAUCUACUGAUAAAGGAUCCCUGGUGGCUAAAGUGAUCGCCUUAGACACAGACUCUGUGCACAACUCUCGGAUUACCUACCAGUUUCUCCAGGUGACUGAUGCUUCCUUGUUCAGCUUGGACCAAUACAACGGAGAGAUCAGGACUAUGAGGAUGUUCAGUUACAAAGACUCACGCCACCACAGACUGGUUGUUGUUGCCAAGGACAACGGGGAGCCAGCUCUCUCUGCUACAGUCACCAUCAAGCUGCUGACAGUGGAGACUGAUGUUAAGGCCUACUCUGACAUGACUGAGAUGCCUCUGGAAUACGACAUCUUUUCAGACAUCAACCUGUAUCUGGUCAUCGGUCUGGCCUCGGUGUCCUUUCUCCUGCUCAUCACCAUCCUGGUCACCAUCGUGCUGAAGUGUCAGAAACCCAAACCCAGCAAAAGUGCUCCUCCCAGCAGGAACAGUGUGAUCAGUGAGAGGAACUCCACCAUCGCAGACUCCACUCUGGUCUCCAACGAUGCCUACUGGUACAGUCUGUUUCUAGCAGAGACCAGGAAAGGAAAGCUGGUGGUCAGACAGCCUGUGCCAAAGGGCUCCAGAUACAUCGUGUCCAGCAUCCCGAGAGGGACGGGACUGUCAGAGACUAGUGACUCAGCUGCUUCUACUCUGCAGGUAGGAAUUUCAUAA